AAGAAUUAUGGAGGCUUUGUGUAGUUUUUAUAUAAUACAAAAAUAAUAAACAUAAUUUUUACAAUUUUUGUAAGAAAAAACUAUUUAUUAUGGUUUAUAUGUUGUUUAAUAGAGCAAGAUGAAUUGGGACUUUUGAUUCUAUACGGAAUCUUUAUCUUUAAAUUCACCUAGCGGCGAAUGAAUGGACUAGUAAACCGACUAGUGAACUUGUGAUGAAUUGAUAUAUGAAGUAUAUAGAUAUAUGAUAAAUCAGAGUCAACGAUAACUGAUAAUUAGUUAACCUAUUUAUAUGGCUGUAUAUUGACAUUUCAAUAAGCAAUUGACAAUAGAUAAUGGCGUCGGGAUUAGAGAGCUACGUAAAUCAUACAGUUUCUAUUAUUACGUCGGACGGUAGAAAUUUUAUCGGAACAUUGAAAGGUUUUGAUCAGACUAUUAAUAUAAUUCUGGAUGAAUCACAUGAAAGAGUGUACAGUACAACACAAGGGGUGGAACAAGUUGUUUUGGGUUUACACAUUAUUAGAGGAGAUAAUGUAGCAAUAGUAGGAGAAUUAGAUGAUGAAAUGGAUGCACGAUUGGAUUUAUCAGCGAUACGAGCUGAUCCUUUAAGUUCUAUUAUACAUUAAUAAAUAUACUUAAAAUUGCAGAAAAAAUUACCGCUGGUUCCAAUUUUAAUUUCUCGUUCCAAAUUUAAAGUAAAAAUCAAAUGCGUUAGAAAAAAGAGAAUACAAAUUUUUCCAC